AAUAUAAACUUUUACCAAGAUUUUUUCUAUAAAUGAAAAACUACUGUACUUGAACUGUUGUAAAGAAACAAUGAAUUUUAUUUUUAUCGUUUUACUUUUGGGCGUUUGUAGCUGUAUCAAUGGAUUUUCAACAAAAAUAAACAACACUUCGGAUUCGACAAACCUCCUCAUACCUAAAAAAUUGGCAAACGUAACGAAAAAAUUGGAAGAAGGAACAUCUAAAGAUGUGAAAAUAGUACCUAGAGGAAUAUUUGGCGGUCUGUUUAAAACAGGAACUAAGACAGUUAAAGCUGCAACAAAACCAAUCAAGAAGAUAAGAAAGAAAAAUGUAAACAAAAAGAUUAGAAGAAAAAAAAUCAAAGUUGGGAGAAAAUCGGCCAAAAAAGCAGCUAGAAAGGCAGCAAGAAAAGCAGCUAGAAAAGCAGCUAAAAAAGCUGCUAAAAAAGCGACCAAAAAAAGUGCUAUAAAAGUAAUCAAACAUAUUGCUGAAAUCACUGAAAUUGUUGGAAAUAUUGCCGAUGUUGUUGAAAAGCUUGUUAAUAUUAUCCAAUUAGUAUCAGCAAAACAAACAACCGAAGUUCCAGUUGAAGAUAAACAAAAUGGCAAAGAAAUAACAGUUAUCGAAAAUAUAGACACCAAUAAUGAUAGCACAAGCAAUCAAGCAGAAUCAACCGAAGUAACUACAAAAAAAUCUCAAUAGAGAGACAUUUUUUUGUUCAUGUGUGUUAUUUUUGUAAUAAAACAUUG